UCCCCUUCCCGGGGCAGGGGUUUGAAUAGCCAGGUGUGAGCAUCAGCCUCCCUGUUAAUGAGUUUGAUAAUUUACCCGGCUCAUUCCUGCGGGAGGGAGGGCGCCGAGCGCAGCGCGGCUCUUCCCCGGCGAGCAGGGGCCGCUCCGCACCGCUCCGCACCGCAGCCCCGCACGGCCCCGCACCAUGCCGGCUCUGGAGCUCGUCGCCCUCGGGCUCCUCCUGGCGCUGGAGCCCGCAAGCUGCCAGGAAGCCAGGGGUAAACUCCAGCCGUGGUCACAAGGUGUCAUCGCAGUGGUGGUGUUCCUGGUCCUGGUGGCGAUCGUCUUUGUGGUCAACAGGUUCUGGUGUAACAAGAAGAAGAGGGAUAACGUUGAGUCAGGGGUCACCACAGGGGGCAAGGAGGAGGCUGUCACGUCCAACGGCCACGAAGGGAGAUACAUGAACACCGCAAAUGACUUCAGGUCCAAGGAGAGCAAGCACGCCUACGAGAACACGCUGGAGCUGGAGGAGAGGGUGGUGACCACCGCCAUGUAGCAGCAGCCGUCCCCCCAUCCCCUUCUUUCUCCACCCCUCGCCCUGCCUCCAGCUGGC